UGAUAUUACAAUAUAUCUAUGUAUCUUUAUAGUAUAAUAUGUUACUGAGAUUCAACAAAACAUGUAGUCUGUAAACUAUACAUACGGACACGGUGACACCGUGCAAGCAUAUGAUAUAAUGUUUUUAAGAUUUAAAGGUAUUCUUGUUGAUACUUGACGUACAUGAACAUCGCAUAUAUCGAAUUAAAAUGUCUAAUAUAAGUAAAGAACAUACAUGAACAUCGCGUAAGGUAUUCUUUAUAUAACUCUCCUUAUAUUUGGGACUAGAAUUAUAUAGAAGAAGAAUAAAAUCUUGAUGGCAAAACUGUUGGUACACACAAAGGUACCUCUUUUUUUUUUUGGAAACAUUACACAAAGUUACCAUAUAUUAUAUAUUAACAAAAAAUAGAUCAAAAGUUAAUAUACUGGGCUUGAAUUUAUUGAUCGGUGAGAAGAAAGUCACCUCCAAGUUUCUUCAAACCUCCACCUCCUCUGAGAAAAUGUACAAGAUCGACGACCACGUUGCUUGUGCCGUUGCUGGUAUCAUGUCUGAUGCCAACAUAUUCAUCAACACGGCUCGUGUCCAAGCGCAACGCUACACCUUCAUGUACCAAGAGCCCAUGCCUGUGGAGCAGCUGGUUCAGUUUCUUUGUGACACGAAGCAAUGGUACACGCAGUUCGGUGGUCUUCGUCCCUUUGGAGUGUCUUUUCUUUUUGCAGGGUGGGACAAGAACUAUGGGUUUCAGCUGUAUAUGAGUGAUCCUAGUGGGAACUAUGGUGGUUGGAAAGCUGCGGCUGUUGGAGCAAACAAUCAGGCUGCUCAGUCUAUUCUGAGACAAGACUAUAAGGAUGAUGUGACUUCGGAUGAGCUUGCGUUGAAGGUGGAUAGCACGAGCUUGACGUCUAAGAAGCUUGAGCUUGCUGAGGUGUUUCUGACUCCAUCGGGGAAUGUUAAGUACCAUGUUCACUCUCAUGACUCUCUCACCAAGCUGUGGCCGAAGCAUGGUGUGACUCAACCCGCUGCUGAAACGUCCUGAGCAUGAAACUA